AUGGAUAAUCUUCAACAAGCAAAUGUCUUUAAUCAGUUAUUAAUGCAAUUAAACAACAAGCAAGCAGAUAUAGUGAAGAUUUUACGAGAAUUAUCAUUGUAUCUUAGCUAUUCCCAAAAUAUUUCAUCUCAAUUAUGCCCGUUUGAUAAGAUAUGCACAGCUUUAUUAAAUAUUCUCAAAACAAAUACCAUUGCAGAUGUUACUGAUCCAGCAACUCUUUGCCUUUUGUGGAUUGUUGAAUCUCAACCACAAUAUAUUAAAGUAAUUUUUGCAAUCAAUGGGUUUGCAAUACUUGCUUCUAGAUUGUUAGACUGGGUUUCUGUCCAAACUGCAGAGAAUUGCAUCAGAAUUUUUGAUAAACUGACUGAUUUUUCGGAUUUUAGCACAAGGAUCGGCCAAAUGAUAGGUAUAGAGCCAUUUCUUAAGUACAUUGACAAGAUUUCAUCAAAUGAACAAGCUACAGCCAUGAAAAUCGUUUUAAGAAUUACAAAUUCAUAUGUCAAAGAUUCAUUUAUCCCAUAUUUGUCAACAAUAGUAAGCUUCUUACUCUGUACUGAGCAGUCUAUUCAUGAACCUGCAGUUACAGUAUUAAAUAACAUCGCAUCUCGUGUUCCAGAGAAAUCUAUUUCAAAAGAUGUCAUCGUGAAGAUCUGUACAGCUAUUUCCCACUCAGAUUCUACUGAUAUUAUUACACAACUUUUUGGAGCUUUAGUUAAUCUCUCAACAACGAGAAAACACAUACAAUGCAUCAUUUUGGCUAAUCUAGAUUUCGAUAAGAUACUGUUUAACCCAUAUAUUCUUAAUAAUUCGGUUGAAUUCCAAAGAUUAAUUUUCAAAUUAUUAUUAAAUUUGCUUCCUGUCCCUAAAAACGCAGAAUUAUUCCUUUAUCCAAGACAUAGAAGACCUGUAGAGUCUAGAAAGUUCGCAAUCGAUGUUCAGCCAAUUAUAAUCAAAGUUAUUACUGAAAGACCACUUUUCGCAAGAUCUGCUUUACUUGCAUUAGCUGCAACCUUAACUGUUCAACCAUUCAGCAUGAAUGAGAAUCUUUUGGCUUCUUUAGUAAGUUUUGCUCCGAUAUCUUCUGUUUCUCCCAUUGUUUUAUCUAUUCUUACUUAUUUUGAAGACUUACAAAUGAUUGCUGACUCUGAUAUUGUCAGUUCCCUUAAGAAUGUUCCAAUUGUUGACGAUUCAAUUAAACAAUGGUACCAAAGAACAGUGAAAAACAUAAUGAAGAAGAUAGAUGAUAGUACAACAUCGCUUCCUAUUAGUGACUUGAAGUCUAAAAACCUUCCAGCUAUUAUAGAUUAUAUAAUUGGGAAACCUGUCUCAAAAUUUGCUUUCAUUUCUUCGGAUUUGUUAGACUUAUGCAUCAGAUUAGUAUCAUCUGAUAAUAAUGACGUCGAAAGAUUGAAGAAAUUGCAAGAAUAUACUGUUGGUAUUUUAUCAUUCUUGCAGCCAGCGCCUUUGGGAGCUAUAUGUACAACAGAUAGCUUUAGUAGAAUAGCUCAGAAGCCUGUUUUCGUUACAGUUAUCUCUCCAACCGGAGAACAAUAUCCAUUAUCAGUUUUUGCCUUUGAUUCAAUGGCUUCUAUCGAAGGCAGAUACAAUAGUGUAGUUAGAGGAUUCAAUUCUAUGCGAUUACCCCAAAUAAUUUCCUCAAAUUCCGAGUUACAACAAUUAAUUGAGAUAAAUCAGACCCUUAAACCUUCCAAAAUCGCAUUGUUAUAUAGGGCUUUCUCAAGCAACUCGUAUCCUAAGGUCCACAUGCAAGUAGCAGACAGAUUUUACUCUUGGUGCGAUUCAAUUUUUUCUGCUUUAUGCGAUACAUCAGAAGGACCACAGAAUAUCUUUGAUACAGGUCUUCUUAUUAAGAUUCUCGAUGGAGAUAUCGAGCAAAGCCCUCCUUCUCUCAAAAGUCAGCCAAAUCAGAAAAAUGUCCAAAUAUUUGAGCUUCUUUUGAGACUCCAGUUCUUCACCGGUGAAUCAAUAGCCAAUACAGCAUUCAAUGCACGUAUUAUGAACUGUCUUUCAGAGCCAUUAGCCAGUGUUGGUCGAUUUUCAUCCGAAAUGGCGACAAUUUACAAAUAUCCAUCAUUUUUCGACUUCAAAAUGCGGUUUAUGUGGCUUAAAUUUGCUACAUUUGAGCCACUUUCUGCCAUCCGCAUCUUUUCCAGGGAGUUCCACAUUCCUUUGCAGUCGAAAAUUCCUGAGCCACAAUCAGUCAAAAUUUUCUGUCAUAGAAAAUCUAUUUUUACUGAUGGAGUGUUGAUAAUGAGACAUUUCGGACCGAAUAUGAUGAACCUAAAUGUCUCAUUCUUUGGAGAAACAGAGUCCGGAGCAGGUCCGACAAGAGAAUUUUAUUCUUUGUUGGCAAAAGAAUUCACAAGAACAAAACGUCACUUUUUCAGGACAGAAAAUCCAAACAGCGAAUUUGUUAGUUGCAAACAAGGAUUAUUUAUUAAUCCUUCUGCUGAUCCACAGAUGUUUUAUGUUCUUGGGGUUUUCCUUGCUAAAGUUAUUCAGCAAGAAUUUGUUGUUGACUUAGAUUUCAAUCCAGCUUUCUUUUCUUUCAUCAGAUCUCCACAAGUUAGCAUUGAUUUGGUUGAUGCAGAACUUGCGAGAGCAUUGAUGGUCACAGAAGGAUUGUUGGGACUUCCUUUCACAUACCCAGGUCUUCCAAACAUCGAGUUGGUCGAUGGAGGUAAAACACAGAAAGUCAGUGAAGACAAUGUUGAUGAAUUUGUUGAAUUAGUUAUGAGUUACACAAGUGGUCUUAAACUUGUUGACCAUGCAGAUGCAUUCCGUAAAGGUUUCAACAGUGUUAUGAGUUGGAACACAUUCGAAAUCUUUGACGAAAACGAGAUCUGUCGCAUCAUUCGUGGUGAUGAUCCAUUCUUCACACGCGAUGAUCUUAAGAAGAACAUUGUUGCCGGGAUUGGCUACACAUUCGACAGUCCACAGAUUGGCUUUUUUAUUGACAUCCUGUGUGAGUUACCAGCUGAAGAACAACGACUUGUUCUGUCAUUCAUGACGGGCUUCACACGAUUUCCACCAGGCGGACUUUCAUCUAUUUCGCCAAAGAUCACAGUCAACAUGCGAUUCAUGGACGAAGGUCAACUUCCGAACAACGAACUUCCAACUGUUUCGACAUGUUCACACAUCAUCAAGAUCCCAGAAUACGAAACUAAAGAAAUCAUGAAAUCAAAACUUCUUUAUGCCUGUCGCGAAUGUGAAACUGGUUUCAAUAUAUAA